GGCAUGCCCGCGGAAAGAGGGCGGCAGCGGUGCAAAAUGUCGGAGCGGCCGGGCAGAGGGGUGGCCGCUGCCGCCGCCGUGGCCGCCAGUGAGAAGCGGAAGCUGCAGUUGCAGCGCUGGAGGGGCUCGUGUACCGACCUGGAGGCGAGCGAGCCGCGGUGGCGGGCACGGCCCGGUGCGGGGAGCAGCCCGCGGCGGGUGCGGUUUGAGGCGGCGGCUGAGUUCCUGGCGGCCUGUGCGAGCGGGGACGCGCGGGACGCGGCCGAGAUGCUGCGGGGCGGGGCUGGCGUCAACUGCGCCAACGCGGACGGCAUCAGCGCUCUGCACCAGGCUUGCAUUGAUGAAAACCUGGAAAUGGUAGAGUUCCUGCUGGCACAGAAUGCCAACGUUGACCAGUCAGACAAUGAGGGAUGGACACCACUCCACGUGGCUGUAUCUUGCGGUUAUUCCGAAAUUGUUGAAUGUUUAAUUAACCAUGGUGCCAACAUUGCUGCUGUGAACAGUGAUGGCCAGUUGCCAAUUGACCUUGCUGAGGAGGACUACAUGGAGAGCUUGCUGCAGGCUGAGAUUACUAAGCAAGGGAUUGAUGUGGAGUCUGCGAGACGUGAGGAGGAAGACUUGAUGCUGCAGCAUGCCAGGCAGUGGCUAAAUAGUGGCAAGAUUGAAGAUGUAUCUCACCCGAAAACUGGCGCUAAUGCCCUCCACGUUGCUGCAGCUAAAGGCUACAUCGAGGUGAUGAGGUUACUCCUUCAGGCAGGGUUCAGUAUCGCUGCACGGGACAAGGAUGGCUGGACCCCACUGCAUGCUGCUGCACACUGGGGGAUGGAGGACUCUUGCAAACUUCUCGUGGAGCAUUUCUGUGACAUGGAAGCAUUAAAUAAUUCGGGUCAGACACCAUUUGAUGUUGCAGACGAAGAUAUUUUGGGAUUACUUGAGGAUCUGCAGAAGAAACAGGAUGAUUUGAGGACCGAGAAGGAAGAAAAGAUGAAGCGUGCCAUCAUCGAAACAUCCACACAGCAGCAGCAACAGUCGACCAAACCCAGGAAGAGCUCUGUGUGUCGGAUGAGCAGUAAGGAGAAGAUUUCAGUGCAGGAUCUGUCAAAGGAGCGCAAAACCCUGGAGACAUUGCCCCUGGAUGAAAACAAGAAAGAGGAGUCCAGCAGUUCAAGUUCAGAGACAGAAGAAGCCUCGGAGUCUGACUCCGAGUGUGAAACCGCGAAAAGGAAGAAGCAACCUGUCCUCAAUGAUGCCAGUAAUGUAAACGGCACUGAGAAUUUACCACUCGUACCUCCUGUGACACUAGCUCCAACAACCCCAAAGUAUACUGAUCUAUCUACAAAGCCAGCUGUCAAACAAGAAGCCCCUCCUAGGUACACAGAUCUUCGGAAAACAAGCAGUUACGCCACGUUACAGGAUGCAGAGAUCAUCUCUGAAAAGACUUCGUUGACCAGUAUCAAGCGCUCUGUUUCCACUCCACGGCUAGGUUCAGAUAAGAAGGGCAAAGAGGUGCCAGAAACCCGACUGGCUAGAGUGCCUCCAACUCCAAUUGGAAGGUCAUUGAGUGUGCCCGAGACCGGCGUUGAACGCUCAGUAAGCUCUACGUACCAGCAGGGUAAAGAACCAAGCUCUCAGAUUCCAAAGGAUUUGCCUGUCACUCAACAAGGGGAAACCACUGUUCCAACAAGCAGUAUAGACUUUAAAGAGAGGCGCAGAUUGUAUCUUACCCCUGUACGUGACGAUGAAUCGGAAUCCCAAAGAAAGGCACGAUCACGGCACGCUCGACAGUCCAGGCGUUCAACGCAGGGUGUUACUCUCACUGAUCUUAAGGAGGCAGAGAAGACCCUCGGUAUUGCCACUGAGAAGAAGCCCCAGGAGCAGCUGGAAAGGAGGGAAGAAGUGAAAGAGAACGAUGGCAGGAGAGAAAGGAGUUCAGUCAGUGAUGACAAGGAUGUGGCUAGUCGACUGAGACCCCUGGCCACAGACACUGUUAACUCUGGCUCCUCACUCACUUCUGCGUAUUCCAGAUAUUCUGUUCCUGCAGCUUCUCAGGGCUCUGAUAAAGGCGAGGAGUCGGAAAGCAGCAAAAGGGAAGGAGGGGAUGGCGACAAUAACAGUCGGAAUCGGAUAUCUGUGCGAGAUCGGCGGAAAGCCAGGAAAGAACGCCGGUUCACUGGCAAAACAGAUUCCACAGAAGAGGAAGACAGCACAGAGCAGAUGAACAGUGUGGAUACUUCAGCAGACAGAUCUAGUUCAAGUCCGGCCGACCAAAUAAGUGAUUGGACUCGGGACAGAAUUGGAACUUCCACUCAUCGCAGUGCAGGCGUAGUGACAGACAGUAAUGGUGACUUCAGGAAGAUGUAUGAGAUGGUCUUGGCAGAGAAUGUGAAACUCAAGGAGCAGUUACGAGAUGCACAGCAUUACCUCUCACAGGCUAAUCAUGAGUUGGAGAGGGUAAUGAAGAGACAGGAGCAUCGUGGAGAUCAGCCUGCACAAUUAGAGCUGGAGAGAUUCGAACGAAGGGCAUUUGAAAGAAAGACAGCUGAACUGGAAGAGAGGCUACAGAUUUUAACAGAUUUAAGAGCCGACAAUCAGAGACUUAAGGAUGAGAACGCAGCGCUGAUCCGCGUCAUCAGCAGACUAUCAAAGUAGUGAAAGCGUCACUGUCCCAAUGGACCAGCCUGUGGGAGAGCAGAUGCCAGCACUGUUACUGUGGAGCUGACCUGAGGUCUGGGUCAAAGGGGAAUAUUUUCAAUGCCAAUAAUCAUUCCUUGGCAAAUCAAAAUUACUGUUGUUGGGGGGAAUGAUGGCAGAGGCAGGAGAGAGAAAAGCUAGACCAGGCGAAUCGCCCAGAUGGUUCAGUUAGACAACACUGACCAGUGUACAUUAAAUCAAAUCAACGUGCCGACCCCUCUGUCCUAAAUCCUGUUACUUAACUUUCACACCUAAUUAGUGUGACAUUUCUUCAUUGGAUCUGCAUUUGCCUGGAAGAUAUAUUUAUGGUUUUGUAAAUGGAAGUAGUACUUCCUAUACCCAUGUGUCUGUGUGUGCUGGUCAGUUGGACACGUGCGUUGCUAUCUCUUGUCCUUUCACUGUGACCAUUUGGAGAUCACCACUGGCCCUUUCUCCUUGCACUCCACGAAUAUUUCUCGCAAUCUUAAAAAUGUUAUUCUUCCUUCCAUAAACAUUCCUAAGUUGCAAUUCUAAUAACAAUCACUGUACAGAAUGUAAAAGAUUUUGAGUGCCUGUAUGCAGAUUUUUUUUAAAGAUAUCAUUGCAGUAUUAAAACUGAGAAAUUAAUGUGAAUGUUAAUAAUUUCAAUUUGAACUGGGGAUAAUUUUUCCAAUCUGAGCUUGAAUGGGUCAGAAUUGAACUAAAUUUCAAGCCUCAUUGUUUCGGAUAUACAGUAGUCUUUCCAGUGACAUUAGCUGAGAAAAUAUGAAUUGAUUUUGUUCAAAUCUCUUUGCCCUCCUCUUUGAAGAGGUCAGGCGGUUCCGUACUUUUGUAUCACUGUAGUGCUGUGUCUCUGUCUUCUGUGUGAAGUUACAGCCUUGCAGCAAUUAGCCGUCUGUAGACCCUGUGGACACCGUGCACCAUUUAUCUGCAGCUUGAAGAUUUUGUUUCCUAAUGGCGUCUGUGGCAGAGCGAGUUGUACUGCAGUUCUGCUCUAAACCCAAGGCAUUUUUCUUUUCACCCGAAUACUUUGGAAACCAGACCUCAGUAUUGAUGGUUUUCAAUGUCCCUAACUUGCCCAGAAACAUUAUGUGAUAGUAGUGGGGGUUACAUAACCAUGGAAGUGUAUUUUUCCAGGCAGACAAAGCCAGCGGGCAGGAUACUGAGCAUUUCUUUGUUACAACAUUAGCUCUGCAUACUGAUGGCUAAAAUGUGAGGUUUACAAACCUUACUGCAAAGGAGAACACCUUGGUUUGUCAAUCAGGAUGAUAAUCUGCUGGUUAUACCUUACGGGGGAAGUUGUGACAACUAAUGACUUUCUGGAACAGGUUGUGACCAAGCACUUGGAAGCUAAGUUACAUCCCAUAUGUGCCUGUGAUGCUGGGGGAAGAUACUGGGAAGCAAUCAUGAACACAAACUUGUCCUGUUAGCGAUACAUUUCCAAAACAAAAAAAAUACUAUAGAUGCUGGACUCUGAUGUAAAAUCAGAAAAUAAUGGGAGUGCCUGUGUGGAGGAGAGAAUUUAUAUUAUUGGUCUUGAUUCUGAGAUCCAUCAUGAAAGUGAAUGCUGCCUUUCAGCAUUAUUCUUUAAAAGAUUUAAGUCUGCAAAUACCGAAUUGUCUUCUGAUUUUGUAUUUAAUUUCUACCCAAAUUGUGAAUUCAGAGCAACAAAAACUAGGGUCAGUUUCUCUGGAAUUAGGUAUAAUGGACAUUAAGAUGUCUUCCCCCUCGAGAUUCUGUUUUCCAUUGUGCUCUGUUUGGGUCCUGCAUCUUAAUAUUCCCAACCAGCAUGUCUUAUCUUUCAGUUUGUUAUUACAGUUAACAAGUUUUUAAUUUAUUCCUCGGCUAUUUGUCGAAUGGUUUUUACUGUCAAAUUUCUGGAAGGAAAACUGUUUGCUACGGUAGUUUGUUUAAGCUUUUCACACCUCUGAAGCUACUCUCUCGUAUGUGGGUCACUUACUCAGACAGUCUGCCCAGGUGUUUGGCUAUUGUGCAUGCUUGUCGGGCAUUAAGUGGCUACCUGGCCCAUUCUACUGACCAGUCAGACUGUAAUGAGUUUCAUAUCCAUUCUCUCCCACCCCAUGAGAGAGGUCUGAGAGCUCUCUACACUGCCUAGUGCAAUCAGCUAACCCAGUUCAGACCAGGCACUGGGAUAUUUUCAUCAGUAGAUACCACAAAGCAGUUCCAAAGGCUGGAACAGAAUUGUGCAAGUUAUACUUUUCAAUUUAUGGACACAGUUCAAUGCUAUAAUUUUGUUAACUUGAAUCAUUGCUUCCCAACCUGAAAGUAAACAGUGCCUGCUAUGCUUGUGAUAACGAUCACUGCAUCGUAAGAAGUGGAGCUUCUAGUUGUUAGAUAAUUGAUUGGCAGCAAAUGUAAGUGUGGGCUGCAGGUAGUGAGGGAGGGGGUAUGUGGGUGGGUCUUUUCUAAUAAGGUGAUUAUUAUGUGCACUCAAAAAUCAUUGUAAAGUUGGUGGUUUUAAUGUGAAGUUUAUAUUACGGUUAGUGACUCGCUUCAGAGUGAGCAGGUGCCUUUGUCCUUGAGCACGGUUUCCUUUUCCUGUAAAUUUUCUUUGUUCAGUAAGAUGAAAGGUUGGGGUGUAAAUUGCAGGAGGUGGAUUGUACAGGGCCCGGAGCUGCACAGUGUAAACGUCCUGCUAUGGAACUGCACCCAGCUCGUCAUCACAUCAUCUUUUCCAGUGUUGUUGCACUGUGAGACAGGCCAAGUUGGCCAACGUGUUGUAGGUCUGUUCCUGAACUUCUUUCCUGUCGGAUGUAGCUAUUCAUUCUGUGGGUGGAGAAUAAUUGUACCCUAAACAUAAGUGGACUCACUGGGCCAUCUAGUGGAGAAGCUGUCAUGUACACCCAUUUAUCAAAUGCUGCACUCACCCAGCACCACCUCUUGCAUCUUGUCUUUUCCUUCAUCAUAAUGGUCUCUUUUUAAAAUUCUUCCAUUUUCCUAACAGUGCAGCCACAGCCUAACCUGUGGGCUGCUCCUUUCACCUGUUGGAAUUGUUUGUGAACUUAACUGGAUCUUCUCACUGGAGAAUGCCCAACCCCACACACCAGCAGCAUUUACUUUCAGAACCCAACCAAGUGCACAGUUUUCAAAUGUUUACUCUUCAGAUACUUCAGGCCCCUUAUGAGACACUGCUUCUCCUGCAUAUCAGCAUCUUUUAGUUUCUAAAGAAGUAUCCUCUUAGUACUCGGACAACCAGAGAUGAUGACUUUAGUUCGCCUUCCUGUUGCUUGUUUUGCUUGAAGGGUCUUUGGGUACAAAUGCUUUGUGGUCUUUUCUCUAAUGACACUUCGGAGGGUCUCAUAAUCACAGCAGUUAGAGCGUUGCAGUGUGGAAAGAAACCCUUGUGGGGGCUCUCUUGGUCUGAUAUUUCACAGAAUGAAGUUUCAAGGUUUUUAAUUGUUUGAGCACUUUUGGGUAUUUCUCUUCUCACCCCCCCCCCCCCACGCUCCAUUAGCUAAAUGUGUUUAGUUUCUCUUUCUUAAUACUUUGAAAGGAUGCAUGUUUCCAGCUACCUUCUCCGGAUCUCUUCACACUGAAGGUAUGGGUGGGUUACUGUGAGUAUUUGCUUUUCUCUGAGUACUAUACAUUAGCUAGUACCACCAGGGAAUGAUCCUGAGAUACAGCAAGAACCAUAACAAAGUUUGCAAAAGCUGUUGAAAUGAUGUCAGGAUAAAUGUUUGUAUGUGUUGUUAAAGCAUAACUGCUCAAAUGAACUGCAGAUACUGACCAGCUACAAUUCUUUCAGACUGCUGUAUAUUCACUUACACCAUGUGAAAUUUCAAAAGGCUUCAGAUCAUUCGAGGUUCCACCUACAAAUUAAUUGCCAGAAACUAUACAUACUGUAGAUACCUAUGUGACUGAUGAAGCUUCUUCUGUUGCCAGAGCUUUCUCCCCCUCAGAAUAUAGCUCCACCAGGUUUAAAAUAACUGUUCAAAAAAAUACUGUACUAAACUGUGUGAAAAACCUGGACUUUUUGAUGUAAUAUCAUUUAUUUUCAAAAAACGAUCCUAGUGACACAAAUGGUAGAAAUACUGUUAAACCACUUCUCUUGAACUAUGGCAAUAAACUUCUGUGGAACUGUAAACUUGGUCCCAGGGGAAUUUAUAUUAGCCAUCCCAGUAUCUUGAGUAUGUAAUGUGACGAAAUAAAGUCCCCUUUGGGAUUGAAGGUUAGGAGAACCACCCACAGUACUUGUGAAUGUGACUGGGAUUGGCACACCCAGUGCCAUUGUGUUUGGGUAUUCCCAAGAACAAUCACAAAAUCCCCUAAUAGUCGGCCCAGUCUCAAACUAAUCAUUCCAGGUCAUUGGCUUGAGUUUUCCCGCUGCACAUCUCAAAGGGAUUCAGUGAUGCUCUUUGUGUGGAGAACAUUUUGAGGUGAUCUAGCGGACGUCGUCUCAGCGAAGUUCCAUUGCCAAUUGAGCCAGUGACAAAGACCUGUGUUGAUGGGAUUGGGGAGGGUUGGCAUCAAGUGUCACUGAAAGGAUUGUGGCUUCAUUGAAUCUGAAGUAGUGCCUUGGCAUUAUGCUGCAACUUGGUUAAUAGUGAAGAACUUGUGUCAAUUUUUAUAUAUAUAUUUCAAUCUAAAAUGUGAAGUGUAUUGUGAGUUGGCAUGUAUGCCACUAAAAGUCUUAAUUAUUGUCAAUGGCUAGGUUUAUCAGUUACAAAACAAAUUAUUCUAAAUGUCCCCUCUCCUGCCAGAAUUUGAAACAGAUUUUUUUUUAAGACUCUCAUAACAUCCAUGGGAUGCUGUAUGGUGUUUAAAUACUGUGCCAUGAAUGGUUAUAUGAAUAUAUGUAUAUGGAAUUUAAAAAAAACAGAAUAUGCAUUUUUGCAAAUGUGCAAUAUACAGAAUUCUACAAAGUAUUUGUUACAGCAGCAAAGCUGCAUUGUUUUAAGCACAGAAAAUGCUGUUGAUGCCUUGUGUAACUUAUGUGUAAUUAAAAGGCAGCAUUAACGUUUAUUAAACCAUAAAUUGCAUUUUAAAUUUGUAUAUAUGAUUUUACUUGGAUCCCUUUUUCCAUGAGUAAGCAAUAUAUGUACGGUAGUUAUAUAUUUUUUUGACUGCAGGUUCUUAAGGAACACGGCUGGAAGAUUAUCUUAUUUUUGUUUUUGCUUAGCCUGAUGCCAUAUUACUCAUCAUUGUCUAGUCAAUACCGCAAGGAGAUAGGAGGAGGCACUCGGACCCUCAACAUUCAGUGUGGUCGUGGCUCAUUGAUACUGCCCUCAACUCUGGUAGUUCUCACGGCCCUCGGUUCCUCAACCUGGAGGCCAAGUCAUCAGGUAUAUUUAAAGCUGAGGUUUAUUCAUCAUCAUUAUAUGACAUGGGCGAUAAUGGUCUCCAUGACCAUGAUUGCUUUUGGCAAAUUUUUCUACAGAAAUUGGUUGCCAUUGCCUUCUUCUGGUCAGUGUCUUUACAAGACGGGUGAUCCCAGUCAUUAUCAAUACUCUUCAGAGGUUGUCUGCCUGGCAUCAGUGGUCACAUAAUCAGCUGCUCAUUCAACCACCAACCCCCUGCUCCCAUGGCUUCAUGUGACCCUGAUCGGGGGACUUAGCAGAUGCUACACCUUGCCCAAGGGUGGUCUGCAGGCUGGCAGGAAGAAUGAGUGUCUUACACCUCCUUUGGUACAGACGUAUCACCACCCAGAGGUUUAUUAGGUUUUUGGUUGGGGUAUAAAGGGUUAUGGGGUUGAGAGGGAUAAUAAACCAACUAUGAUUGAAGGGCAGAAUGGGUUUGAUGGGCCAAAUGGCCUAAUUCUGCUCCUAUGUCUUACAGUCUUUUGAAUUGUAUCUAUGGCCACCUUAAAUUAAUGUGGUAGCCUGGUCACCACC